AUGGCAGAUUUUCUAAAAUCAAGCAAAUCGAUAUUCCAAUUAACAGUGUUGAUCUUAAUUCUGUUUACAUUUGCGUUCGUGUAUCAAGGUAACAAUAUCGAACAACCAACCAUAUUGAGAAAGGUGUCUCAAUGGACGGGUCUUGGAGGAUUCGGGGAACAAUGGGAUCAACAGGAUGUUACCACCAGUACAACUACCGAGCUAUUUACAUCAACAACUACUAUGCCAGCAUUGAUUCUGAGAAGGAAUUUCGAUAGACAUUAUGACUUAGGUGAGAUUCAUGUGAAGAGAAGGAACACUAUUGAACGGGUGUGUGACAAAAGCAAACACGGCUACUAUGGAAAGUCGAAAGGAUCUACAGUAGCAAAAAGAUUAGUCAUCGACCAUCGUCAUCACCUUGUUUAUUGUGCCGUUCAAAAAGUUGGCUCAACCUUUUUAAGGAGUCUUUUGAAGAUUGUAAACAGUCAGGGAGUGAAAAAUAUUGACAACCGAUGGAAGUCUGUGAAUAAAAAGGAACCUCAAGACCUUACUCAAUUUCACUAUUUUUUAUCAAGCUCUUUUAAGAUGAUGUUUGUUCGCGAGCCGUACAGCAGACUUUUUUCUGGAUAUACAGAUAAACUUUUCACGGUAAACACUUUUUACUGGAAAAUUACAGGAACGUACAUAAAAAAUGAAAUUUUGAAUCAUGGAAAUAAAUCUCCAAGCACAUGUGGACAUGAUAUAACAUUUCCACAAUUUAUAAAAUACGUUAUUGAGUCAGAAAAAACUGGUCGGCAUACUGACCGACACUUUACUCCUAUAUAUGAACACUGCCGACCAUGUCAAAUACCAUAUGAUUUUAUAGGGAAGAUGGAAACCUUUGCGAACGAUUCACUCAUACUGCUGAAUGCUUGGAACAAGAGAUACGGUAUUAAUAUCGCAUUUGAUGAUUUCGAGGCCGAGACGGCCUUACAAAGAGCUGUAUCUCAUACUGGGCGUCUUUACAGCAUGCGCGAAAACCUCGAAAAAUGUAUGUCGUUUUAUUCUGGUAUGCAACGAAUAUGGAGGGAUUUACAAAUUCGAGGUAUUUUACCGAAAAGUGCCAGUCUCCCGUUUACAGAAUCAGAAUCUGUAAAUGUUGACAGGUCACAACUUAUAGACGCUUUAACAAAUGCUAUCAAGGGAGUCACCGAUCGAGCAGGUCUCCGUCAACAGAAGAGAGAGGCAAUGAUACAGGCUUACGGACAAGUUCCAAUGAAGGACCUUAUCAAACUUAGGGAAGUGGUGCGUCCUGAUUGUGAACUGUUCGGGUACGAUGUCUCACCUGACUACAUCUUUAAUCGUACUGAUACAUCUGGAGGGACGAAUUCCUUCAAUUACUUCGAUUUAUGGAAUGACAAUUAA